GAGCAGCCGACACCGACCUCCUGCGCGGCCCGCGCCACCACCGCCCCAUAUCGACUCCACACGCACGCACACACCCUUGCUCCCUCCCCUCCCCCCAAGCCAGUUGCCAGCAUGAGUGACAGUUGCGACAGCUCUGAUGUGGAGGAUGAUGAUGUGGGAAAGCAAACAGUAAUUCAGCAACGACAGCGGUCGGAUGACCGAAGGAGGGGGAAGGAGGCUCAGGAACUGGAGAAGAGGCGGCAGCUUUUCAACCAGACGAUCAAGGAUGAGGACGGUAACGAGAAGCCAAAGCCGCUUGAAAGGCCGAAACGUACAGACGGAUACACAAACCCCAACUCGUGCCGCCCUCCUAACGGCAUGGGCCUUGCUGCGAGAAUGCCACGCGGCAUGUCUGGUCCAGGUUAUUAUGAUCCAACACUAUCGGACUUUCCAGUUGCCAAGAAGCCCACCAAUCCCCCAAAUGACAGUAAUGAUGGUGGUGAUGACGACGGUGAUGAUGAUGGUGGUGAUGGGGACGCCAAGCGAGACCGCGAGCAUGACGCCGUGCGAGGAUACACAACACUGUCAGAACCGCCCAAGACCGAGACGAGUGAUGGCUCGCCAGGCCAGAACAAAGAGUGGCUUGUGGAUGCGGCUUGUGACGUGGAGGCACUGCUUGCUGGCAAGGCUCCUGGAUCAUUUGUGUUCUCUCUUGAACGGUUUCCAACGAACGAACAACGGCAGAACCCGAACUUUUCUCAGCUUCUUCUCUGUGUUGUAGACGAUGACGGGCAAUUCGGAAGCUUCAGCGUCAGGCGCAUCAAGUUGCAGGAUGACAGCACCAUGUUCGUGCUUGACGAAUUCCGGAUGGUUCAGCACGAGAGCGUGAGCGGCAUUAUCGCCCGCUUCAACGCCAACGACAAGUUGGCCAAAACGUUCCACGAAGAAACCGAGUUCAAGCUCAUCGACCCUUAUGGAACAAUUCCCGACGGCGAGAAUGUGGUCAACAACUGCGUCAUUCCGGAGGAAGUUGACUCGGACGAGCUCGAAGAAGUUGUCGCCUGGGCACAGGAAGCGGAGGCACUGGCCACCCAACAUGUCCUUCCCCGGGGGCAAAGUUAAAUGAACACCACGCCACGCCAUGCCACCCAACCAACCACCCAACCAACCAACCAACCAACCACCCAUUUCCACACGAACACACACACACACACCUUGCCUUGCCUUGCCUUACCUGUUCCUAUCCUCCUGUGCAUCCGUUACAGUUGUAUCAUGCUCCACGUUGCUUGUAUCGCUCCAUCGCUCGCUCGUCUUGUUCAGUGUUGUUAUUUUUCAUGGUCAUUGCCAUACGCGCGCACGCACACACACGCACGCACGCACGCACGCACACACACACUUCCCUCGCUCACUUCCCUCUCGUCCCUCGCUCGCGCUGCCUCUCCCCUCUCUCCUGCCUUCACAAGCACACCAGCACACCACACCAUCUUGCACACAACCAACGGCCAAACACAACACACACAAUUUUCUCCGCGAACCAAAACGCGACCCCCCAACCACUGCUGGUCUGUGUGGCGAAAGUUAACUGGAAUCAUACAUAAACAUUACCACAA